AUGGCGUACAGCGCCACCGUGCGGGAUCCAAUUUGUACAUAUGGAGGUUUAACGUACGCGUAUUCGCAUGAGUCGGUACGCUUCUGGCGUCCCACUGACGUUAUCAAUGGCGGACUGGUUUGCGUUGCCAGCGUGUUUGGUAACGGAAGGAACACUCAACGCUCAGUGAACGGCCUUGCGAUUGUGAUGGUUUGGACAUCAGUGACAAACGAAGGAGCUCACGGACUAGGCUUUCCUGAUUACCAGAGUAAAUGGAUACCGUUGCGUUCGGGAAAACGUGGUCAGGCGCUGGUCAACGUCACACACGGGCUCGGGGAGACGCCCCUGCUCGUGGACGUCCAGGUCAAGUCCCCGAACGCGACUAACGAAGACUUCAUCUUCACGGGAAUGGGCGGGCUUCCAAGGGACGACGACAUACCGGAGCCGUUUGGUGGCGUCAUUUACUAUUACAACGACGUAAAUAUUACAGCCAGCGCCCCGCAUAGCAGACAUGGGUUCGCUAUAUAUACAGAGAACGGUACUUAUUUCACGGGCCCGAACUCUCAACAAGAAGACAGCGUGAUCGUGCGGUUCCGCGCGUGGCGAACUGGUUCCCUGCCGACCCCUGAUUUCAAGAAUAUGUCCUUCCCCGUCCGGGCUCGCUCAAAUGAUUCGAGCGAGCUGUACGUGGAGACAGGCCAUGGACUUGAUGGUUACCCGGCCCUGGUCCUGGUCAGAGCCCAGCUCACCGAUGGUGAACUGCCUGGUUACAUGUCCGAUAGCGUCGGUACCUUGUUUUUAGUUUUAUUUAUAAUAAACCAGAAGGUCAUGGACCCAUGA